AUGAUGCCUAAGGAGAAGCCGCUGUGGAAGGGCUUCGCGUUCCGCCUCUGCCUGCUCUCGGCCGCGGUCUUCCUCUGCCUGCAGCUGGGGCUGAGGCGCUCCUGCGCCCCGGCGGAGAAGGCGGGAGCAGCUGCGGCCGGGGCGCUGCCCGCCCGGGGCACAGAGCAGCGCCUAGGGCCGGCCCGCAGCAACCGCAAGGACAAAGUGGAGGCGCACCUGGCGCCGGGGGCGGGGCGGCCGGAGGCGGCGACCGCCAGCAGGAGGCGGGUGACCUACCUGAGAAGCAGCCGCAGAAGGAGCUCGGAGCCCGCCUGCUGCCCCCUGCAGACCCUGGGCAGCAGCCGCAGGAAGACUAUACGAUGGCACGUAGACCUGCAGCCUUGGGCAAGUCCAACUCCUUCCCUGAAUUAUGAGGCCCUGAGGUUCCUGAAGUAUAUCACCACACCUCAGAUUUCAUGUGAACAUAUGAAUAUGAACAGCCUGACAGAUAACUCUAAAACCAUAAAGAAGCCAUGGUCAAUCUGUCUUGAUGACAGGUUCAGUUUAGUUCAUCGAAUCAAAAGCAAGCAAUGCCGUCUCUAUUCACUUGGACUGAGCAGUGAUGAUAACCAGUUUGAGAUCAGCAUGGCCAACAGUGGAUGUGAGGUGCAUCGAUUUGAUCCUAGUAUCAAAUCAGCUCAUAUUCAGGAGGGACAACACCUCUGGAACCAUCGCCUGUCCAUUGACUGGAGAGAUCCCAAUCCGGCAAUUGCUGCUCAUAAACUACGCAGCCAUACAAAAAAGCUUGGCACCAUCUUGAAUGAAUUUGGACACCAGAAGAUUGAUGUCCUCAAGGCAGAUAUGGAAAGUGCGGAGUGGAAAAUUUUGGAAAACCUGAUUCUGGAAGACAUUGUUGAACAGAUAGGACAAUUGGUCUUUGAAGUCCACAUUCAUUGGCCUGGAUUUGAGGUCAGUGGCAAUGACAGCACGGUGGUCCGAUACUGGUACAGUCUUCUUAAAGAAUUAGAACUGAAGGAUUUCAGGCUUUUUCACACUUACAAAGACUUAUUGAAACCACAGAUGUUUCUGAAGAAGGAAGCCUUCAAUGCAAGUAGCUGUUACACACUAAGCUGGGUGAACACAAGAUGGAAAUAGCAUAAAGGAAUUGAUGACAUGUAAUCAUCCCACUCAACAGCAUUAGUGAAAAGGACAUUGGAGCAGCUGACAAAAGUUACUGAACUUGCAAACCGAGGCCCUGCUAUCAAAACGAAUUGGUUUUCUGUUUCUCAGCAGUAUCACAAAAGCUGGAUGUUAUCGUGCUUUGCUUCUGAGUACUAGAAAGAGAUCUGGCGUUGAAAUUCUUUUGUACAGUGCAUCUUCCAUGGUUACAUUGAUAGACUAUUAGAAACAGAUGAGAGACUUUCUAAGUGUUUGUCUAUAGUGGUUAACAGUUCUCCACACAUGGCUGUGGAUUGACCCCAGCCUCCCUAAAGGUCAGCAAAGAGAGUUUGCCUACUCCGUCCCUGAAAAUUCACUGGGAGCGGCUCUAGUACAGUGUACACCACGAGACGUUGCUGAAAAAAAUCAUUGAUCCAAAUAAGUUACUUUCUCAUAAAUGAUUAUGCUUAGACUAGCACCUUUUAUUACUUUAAAAACAAACACUCCCAUGAUAAUUAUGGCAGAUUGUUGUCUUCCCAUCAACAAUUACUUAAACGGGACAGUCAAUGGGAAAUCUAGUCAAUUUUUAAAAAGGUGUCAUAUAUUUUCAGAUACUACACCUGCCCCCGAACGUAUACGCAUGCCAGCUCCUACUCCACAUGCAUUCUUCACUCAAAUCAGUCCCCCUUCCAAUGGCUAACAAGCUGAAAUCACUCAACUGGCCCAUCCAGGUCUCCCUCAGAAGCCCAACUGGCAGGCUCAGCAGGCAAUAUAUUUUAAACUUCCCAGAAAAGUCAUUUCCCCCUCACUUUACCAGAAACAUAAUAAAGGAGUGCAUGGUUUAUGUGAACAUUUUGAAAACUUUAGCCCAUCCAAUACUACCCAUGUGAGGCAGGAGGGGGUUAAGAGAGAAUUUAGU